GUAAAGUUACGUGAGAAAGCAAUGCAAUUAAUCUCGUUAUUUACGAUUGAAUAAAAACGUAUCAAAUUUGAAGUGGUCUAGUUAGUUGAAAAAACAAUAACUCUUGUGUUCUAUUUUUAAAAUUGACUAAAGAAAACGCGAUUUGAAGAACCCGAAACAAAAACAUGGCUGAUUUUUUUGACCACUUGAGGAAUACGGAUUGGGUGAACAUUGACGCGUGGAUUUGUGCCUGUAUAUGCCCAUGCUAUGUCUUCUACAAGAUCGGAUACUCCAAACUGAAGGAGGAUUUCUACCGCAUGCUCGCCGUGUCGUUCUGCCCCUGCACUCUCGCAUUCUGGUACAUGAAUGCACUAAACAAGAUUCAAAAUAACAACGUGAACAAGGUGCUCGCGUGCGCAUGGACUUACUUCUUCACGCCUUGCGCACUCUACGUAGCAGCCGCAGAUGACGGGAUGAAGGUCAAAGAGGAAUUGAAUGCGUGCGUUGACCUGCUGAAAAAAGUGGUGACAAUCGAUCGGGUCUGAAAUCAACAACACAAACCUUCAAUCAUUGUAAUAAUCGCGAGAAAAUGUUUAGUAAUCAGAAAAAUAUUAUUGGAAAUUCUCACAAUAAAACCAAUGCAUUUUCUUUCAUUUUCAUGCCUUCACACAUAAAAUCACCUUAACUGAUUUGAGGUUCAAAAAUUGUAUCAUUAACUGAAUUGAAAUAAAUUAAGUCAUAAUUUAUAGCAGCGCCAGAGACAAAAACUUGAUGAAAAAACCCAAACAAAUGGAUUUCUUCAGAGAAGCAGACAAAUGUUGGUUGCAGAACACCACUAAACUCAACUUUGGUUCACUACAACAAAUAAUUUAAAUGUUUUCUGUGUCGGCUGUUUUUCAUUUUCUUUCCCACAUUUGAAUUCAAGUUUAA